AUGUCUUCCUCAUUUAUAAAAUCUUCCAGCUGGUUCAGCUCACGACAGAAUCGCUCCACAGACUCUCGCAAACAACAACAACAACAACAAAACUCAAAACUUCCACCUGGCCUUAAUCAAAAUAAUCAUCCUCAAAUUGCUUCUUCAACUCCAACUUCAACUUCAUCUUCUAUAACUUCACCUCCUCAAAGCCCAGGUGCACGUCGUUUUGCUGCUGCCAUUAAAGCAAAACUAGUCCCCAAAUCCUUUUCUUCUUCCUCCAUCUCAUCUUCUUAUUCCUCUUUAUCCACUUCUACAACUUCUUCAACCAUAGUCUCUGCUUCUGGCCGUGGCCACCAUCAUUCUUCUUCUUCUCGUGCUCUUUCGCCAGGUUACUCUUCAGAAUCUUCUUCAGAAGCAACUUCAACUGUAAAUUCAACUCUAACAACUUCAACUACUACAACAAAUUCUUCUGCCCGUUCUUCAUCUUCUCAUGCCCCUUCACGCGUACCUUCGCCAGUGUCGUGUUCGGCUGUAGGAACUGUUAGUAUAGAUGGUGCAUUAGGUGGUGGCGGCAGCAGCAGUCGUAAUAGUGGGGCUGCCAUCCUCCCUGGUGCUGGUGGUGCUAUUGUUAGUACAAAUGCACAUACAAAUGCACAUACACAUACAAAUACAAAUACUACUGUCACAAGUACUUGUGGGCCGGGAUCUCAGGUUCCGGUGGUUGGAGUGGCACCAUCAUUAUCAUCAUCAUUAAAAUCAGCUUCAGCUUCAGCUUCAGCUUCUGUAUCAACAGUAUCUGCUACAAUAAAUACAACUUACCCGCCUUCAUUCCUAUUCCCAUCCACUAACUUCCCUCAGAUCACGCAGCUGCAAAAUCAACAACCGGCUCCGGAACUCAUUGCCGACCCCACGGUCACCACCAAUAAUAAUAAUAAUAAUAAUAAUAAUAAUAAUAAUAAUAAUAAUAAUAAUAACAAUGCCUUUCCACAGACACUUCUCCCAGACCCGUUCGGAUCUCUCUUAAGCCCUUCAAUACCCAUUGUGUUUGGUUCAAACAAUCCCUUCAACUCUUUCCAAAAUGAUGUUUAUCCUGUUGCAAGUACAAGCACUUCUUCUAAUGCCAUCUUUUUUACAGCCCCACCAAGCUUCCCCCUAUUGGAACCCCCACAGUUCCCACCAGCAACCCACCAGACAAUCUUGCACGAAUCCACAGACAUCAACAAGAGUAGUAAUUCUACACUGCCGGAUUUUACUGAAACAGCAACUACAAAACCUAUCAACAGUAGUAGUAGUAAUAAUAGUAAUAAUAGUAAUAGUAGUAAUAGCAAUAGCAAUAGUAAUCGCGCCAACUCUAACCUCCCAAGAGUCAACUUUAAUUUCUCGUCAAGCUCGUUUGCGUCAUCGGCAAAACUCUCUAGCAAUAAUACUAGCGAUGAAAGCCCUCCAACAACUUCAUCGCUGCCUCCCCAUGAUACAUUGGCCACAGUUACAGCCCCGGUUACGGCCCCUGUUACGGCUCCAGAUCCUCCCCUGGCAUCGACCAGCGCAACAAGCCUUGUUCGCAACGGCACCGAAAUCAGCACCUGCUCUUCCAUCGGAACCCUUCCUGCCGUCGGCUCUACGCCUACCUCUCAACAAACCCUAACUUCAGAUGAUCAUCCUCAACAACCGUCCUCUCCGCAAGCAACAUCAGUAACAUCAGUAACAUCAGCAGCAGCAGCAGCAGCAACAGCAACAGCAACAACUACCACUACAAGCUCUCCAUUUGCCUCUCCAUACCAACCCCAGAUUUACCCCUCAUUGUCUCAUGUCUCCAUAGGUGGAUCUUCAGAUUCCCCCCGGCGAGCCUCGGCCUCUGCAAGCCGCCGCCGACUCCUAAGCUUCAGUCUGUUGCGUUCUAGCUGGAACCGCACCACUGAAAGUCUUUCUGAGAGCUCUGGUGCAGGUCUUAUCAACAGUAUGUUUGGUGGGGGGAGCGGCUCAAACAGCGCAAACGGUAGCUGCACUAGUCUUGAUGGUGGUGGGGUUGGCGCUUCUUCAGGGUCCUCCUAUGCACUCCCACACUAUCACCUAUUUGGCGUUCCAAACGAAAUCGAUUUUUACAAUUACUCGCCAGAUACUUGCUGCUACGCUAACAAUACUCACCCAACAAGCUUUGUACCGCCAGGGCCUGGAACUGCAACAGGUAUGGAUUUUGCUCCGAGUCACUCUGCCCAGCUAAACCCAAAUAAUGAUUCGGCAAUCUUUGCACCUUCCCAACAGACUCCUGUCGGCAUAAGCCCAUCUUUUGCAUCCACAUACGAUCUCUCACUCGCAUGCGCAGUUCCUGCAACAGUCUCGGAACGACCUACAACAAAUUCUCUUCUGACAAUUGACCCUCCUCUAUCUUCUGGGUCCCGCUCUGACCCGGAAAAACCUCCCAUCCAACCAUCAACCCCUCAAAAUACUAACUAUCAUCCUGCAUUCAAUGCCCCGCCACAACAAGCUAUCCCCCAGGAUCUUAAUUGGCCCGUCUACCACCCUAAUGAACUGUUACUCCAACGCUUCAUCAAUAAAAAUUCCGUCAUGCGCGUCUCCGAGAUGCGCGUGUACCAGCUGCGCCAACAAACUCGUGAGAAAUCCCAGCAACACGCCUCUUCUACCCUUUAUACCCAACAUGAAGAAGUCUCUUCCUCAGCAUCCCUAUCAGCAGCUCGUAGAACUACAAGCAACCCACCGCCCCUCGCACCAACGUCAUCUCACGGCUACAACCCAUUCCAUCGGCGCCCAAGUGCCGUCUCCGUAGCCUCAUCUCUAUCGUCACUGUUUCUACCCCUCGAUGAAGAAGAAGAUGACCCUUCAGCCCUCAUUGAACAACCAGCCCUGCUCCGUGAACACUCCCACACAUAUCUUACCCGCGGCGCGUCAAAGGGUACCAUCUAUGUCACCUCCGAACGCAUGUUCUUCAUCCCGCGUGCUCCACGCAAAGACUCCCUCGUCCACGGGUGCACCUCCCAGCUCGAGUAUUCUGUAUCCAUUGCUGACCUAGACACCAUGAAGGUCGUCCAGUCAACCCGCGGCCAAUGGUUCUUUGUAGCCUACAAACACCUCUACGUCUGCACGUUGCCCUUCAAGUCUAAACACCGUGCGUGGUCUUUCCUCAAGCUUCUUGCAAAUAUCCGUUUCGAGCAAAUGGUCCGCAGAAGACUCCCACCAAGAUACUCUGUUCCAGACCCAUGUCCUGCCGGCUGUCGUUCCGCUCAGGGCCCUGUCCCCCUCUGCGCUAACUGUGCAGCCCUCGAUCUCAAAGACUGGCACGCUGCAGAUAACCACCUCCCACAUUAUGACGAGUCUGAGUACGCCGUGGGCCGUUACCUUGUCGAUCUCGGCUUACUCCCAGAUCCUGCCGUCUUUGAUCGCGCUGAAUCUUCCAUUGACCCAGCUACCUUGCUUGCCCGCGCAUGUGCCCCCCCACACCUCGACUUUGCAACAGGCCAGCAAGCUGAAAACCCUCUCGACUACGUGCUGGUCCCACAACACCAACCCCCUGCAUCAACUGUGGCCGCCGCCAAUGCAGCAGUUGCAGCCGCUGCCGCCGCCGCCAAUUCUGCAGUCGCCGCAACUGCCUCUGCAGUUUCUGCAACCACUGCAACCACUGCUGCUGCAACACCACCUCUCACCCCGCUAACACCAACAACCACCGUCUCGCCACAACUCGUCCCAGUCAACACCACUUCUGCAGCUCUCGGCCUUACACGCACCCUCUCAAACUCUUCUGGCAUUUUCCCCUCAAUCGGUCUUGAGUCAUCUUCCAUUGUCGCAGUCCCACUUACCGCCCCGCAGCUCUCGUCGCCUCUCUCUAGAUCAACAUCUGUCGACCUUCCGCCCUUGUCUCCAGUCAGAUCGCCUUUAAGCGGAUCUUCCACAGGCGGGGCUCCAUGGCCUCUCAUGACCCGCGCAAGAACUUCCUCCACUUAUGCUUAUCACACACGCAUCAAUAGACCCCCCACAGGCUCUCGUCAUGCCCAUUCUCACAGUCUCCCUAGAUUUUAA